GGGAGCCACAGAGCCCCCUACAGCCAUUCAAGGGGCAUCUUUGCUCUUUCUGUCUGCUGAGUUCUGCCUUAACUAAGCAAAAGGCCCCGCGUCCCUGCAGAGGAGCAGUUAACCGAUCCCCGGCGUGCUCGCAUUCGCCGCUGACUGCAGGCGCACGUCCAGGCACAUGACUCAGCGCUUGUUAUUCCCUUUUUGGAAUUCAGUCUGGCUGCAGCGAAUCGUGGCUCCUGCUGACCCAGCCCGGUUCGGGUUUUUGCUCGGAAAGAAGCUCUCCUCGCAGGCAAUCGCAGCAGCCAAAGCAGGGAUCCACCAGGACCGAGCACUUGGAAGGGGCGGACCCGGGAGGCCAGGCGUUCCGAAAACCACGGGAGCUCAUUGCCCCUCCUCGGAGGGGAGGGACCCAGGCCGGGGGCCUCGUUCUUUACAAGUCAGCACGCUGGAUCCCAGCUCUCUUCCAUCAGCCGGAGACCGCUCUCCGCAGAGCGCGUCCUCGAGGAUCGCCAGCCGGGUCCACUCUCGGCACAAAGUGUCCCGCGCCUCCAGCCAUGUCGUCCUGCAGCCGCGUGGCGCUGGUCACCGGCGCCAACAAGGGCGUUGGCUUCGCUAUCGCACGCGACCUCUGCCGCCGCUUCUCCGGGGACGUGGUCCUCACUGCCCGGGACGAGUCACGGGGUCAGGCGGCGGUGCAGCAGCUACAGGCGGAGGGCCUGAGCCCGCGCUUCCACCAACUGGACAUCACCGACCUGCAGAGCAUCCGCACCCUGCGCGACUUCCUGCGCCGGGAGUACGGAGGGCUCAACGUGCUGGUCAACAACGCGGGCAUCGCCUUUGAGAGUGAUGACCCAACGCCUUUUGACAUCCAAGCAGAGCUGACGAUGAAGACAAACUUCUUUGCCACAAGAAGCGUCUGCACCGAAUUGCUGCCGAUAAUGAAGCCUCAUGGGAGAGUGGUGAACAUCAGUAGCCUGCAGGGUUCCAAAGCUCUAGAAGAAUGCAGUGAAGACCUGCAAGAGAAGUUCCGAUGCGAGACGCUCUCGGAGGGCGACCUGGUGGACCUUAUGAAGAAGUUUGUGGAGGACACAAGGAACGAGGUACACGAGAAGGAAGGUUGGCCUGAUUCUGCCUAUGGGGUGUCCAAGCUGGGGGUCACGGUCUUGUCGAGAAUCCUGGCCCGGCGCCUGGAUGAGAAGCGAAAAGCCGACAGGAUCCUGCUGAACGCGUGCUGCCCGGGGUGGGUGCAGACAGACGCGGCUGCGGACGAGGGCUGCAGGACUGUGGAGGAGGCAGCCGAGACGCCCGUGUACUUGGCCCUCCUGCCUCCGGACGCUACGGAGCCUCAGGGCCAGCUGGUCUGUGACAAAGUCGUGCAGAACUGGUGGGCAUCUGCUUUGCAGCUCCACGUGUAAUACAUGCCUGUGGGGCGGGGAAGGCUGAGCCAAGUCUGGCCUUGAGCAGGAACGACCAUGAGACUCCCCAGGGAGGCGGGGCAUCUGGAACUGAUCCACUCUGCGAGGCUUGAAGUCUUGGGCCCCAGAAAGAACGAACUCUCAUAGGUCAGCGGCCAUCACCAUCAGCCAGAAGGCUUAGCCCCAGCCCCCAGAGUUCCAUAUUCGGUUUUGCACUCAAAUCCAAGAACUAACAAUUCUGGCACCUUUCCCUGUGCCAUUGGGUCAGGGCAAGGGGGCCAUCUGGAGGAUGAGUGGUCCUGGCCUUGGACUCAGGUCCCAGGCAUUCUCCUGUUGUGUCCCGCUGUUUCUUAGCUUGUCGAUUCUGCAAGGAUAAUGAUUUAUCCUCCAUCCCCUUAGCUCAGCAGCCCUUCUUCCUAACUCAUCCUGCUUUGUGGUAUUUGAGUAUAUUUUUAUGGAUUCUGUCCCAGGAUAAAAAUAAUUGCAACAAAUUCAAAGAUCCUAAUUGGUUUUUAUUUUCAGUUCUAGGAUUGAGCUGUGGCUCCUAUAAAAGAGGGGCGUGUUUGCGGGAGCCAGAGGAGAUUGGGGUGCAGACAGAGAAGGGCUGAGACAGCAGAGGCAGAACAAAAAGCAGAUUGUUCAAAGUUACUUUUCUUGCAAAGGUGAGAGCAGGGAAAACUUCCUUAUUGUGCCAGCUAACACUGGGUCAUUUGGCGAUCUAUCAUCUCUGUUCCGGUUGCUCCAGAGCUUCGGUAAACAGCAUAGCCUUUAGUUUGGUGACACGGGACAUUAGCACAAGAAGGAUGGCUCGCUUGCACCAAGGGCAAGAACUCACUCCAUACCAAGGAAUGUCUAUGCAUUUUUUUUUCUUUUAAACAUUUGUUUUUAUUGGAAAGGUAAAUGGACAGAGAAA